GUUUCGCUGACCCUGGUUGCUUUUGGAUUUCACUUUUAUGUGGGGCCCACCUGCAAAUUCAACUUUCUACCAUAAGGAAGGUUACUAUUUCUUGAAUACCCAAGUGCUGUCUUCUUGAUUUGAUCAGCUGUAUGUGGUUAGAACAUCAGAUCAAAGAUUUUGGGUAUGAUGAGAGUAUGUGGGUUGAUUCUGUUGGGAGUUUUGUUGGGUACAAUUGUGUGUUUUGGCGAGCCGCAGCCAAAUGGGGAGCAACCUCUUUCAAAAAUCGCUAUUCAUAAGGCUACAUUUGCUCUUCAUGACUUGGCUUAUGUCAAGGCCUCUCCUCUUGUUCUUGGAUUGAAGGGGAAAAACGCUGACUGGGUGAACUUGCAGUUUAGUUGCCCUAACCCUUCAAAUGAUGACUGGAUUGGGGUUUUCUCUCCCUCAAAUUUCAGUGCUUCCAUCUGCGUACCUGAAAAUCCGAGAGACAAACCUCCACUAUUAUGUACUGCACCUAUUAAGUACCAAUUUGCAAAUUACUCCAGUCCAAACUACAUUUCGACAGGGACGGGAUCGUUGAAGCUUCAAUUGAUCAACCAAAGAGCAGACUUCUCUUUUGCAUUAUUUUCUGGUGGACUCUCAAAUCCGAAGCUGAUAGCUGUCUCGAAUGCAAUAGCUUUCGCCAAUCCAAAGGCACCUCUUUACCCACGUUUAGCUCAAGGAAACUCGUGGAAUGAAAUGACAGUAACUUGGACAAGUGGAUAUAAUAUUGAUGAGGCAGAGCCUUUUGUUGAAUGGAGUCGACUAGGAAGAGCUCCAAUGCGAUCCCCAGCUGGGACAUUGACUAUUAGUCGAAACAGCAUGUGUGGUUCGCCAGCACGGACAGUGGGGUGGCGUGAUCCUGGUUUCAUCCAUACUAGUUUUUUGAAGGAAUUGUGGCCCAAUUCAAUGUACACUUACAAGUUGGGGCAUAGGCUAAUCAAUGGUUCAUACAUUUGGAGUCAAACGUAUCUCUUCAAAGCAUCUCCUUAUCCUGGACAGGACUCUUUACAGCGUGUAGUCAUUUUUGGUGACAUGGGAAAGGCAGAACGUGAUGGUUCCAAUGAAUACAACAACUAUCAGCCUGGCUCCCUUAAUACUACUGACCAGCUUAUUCGAGAAUUGAAGAACAUCGAUAUAGUUUUCCACAUUGGGGAUUUAUGUUACGCAAAUGGGUACCUCUCACAGUGGGAUCAAUUUACAUCACAGAUUGAGCCCAUUGCUUCCUUGGUACCAUAUAUGGUCGCAAGUGGUAACCAUGAGCGAGACUGGCCUGGAACAGGAUCCUUCUAUGGAAAUAUGGAUUCGGGAGGAGAAUGUGGUGUGUUAGCUGAAACCAUGUUCUACGUUCCAGCUGAGAAUAGGGCCAAGUUCUGGUAUCAAACCGAUUAUGGAAUGUUCCGCUUCUGUAUAGCUGACACCGAGCAUGAUUGGAGAGAAGGGUCAGAGCAAUAUAAAUUCAUUGAGCACUGCCUGGCAACAGUUGAUCGACAAAAGCAGCCAUGGCUAAUAUUCCUUGCACAUCGGGUUCUGGGUUAUUCUUCUAAUAGUUUCUAUGCCGAGGAAGGGUCUUUUGAGGAGCCAAUGGGAAGGGAGAGCCUUCAAGGACUUUGGCAGAAGUACAGGGUCGACAUUGCAUUCUAUGGCCAUGUCCACAACUAUGAAAGAACAUGUCCAAUCUACCAGAACGUAUGCACAAAUAAAGAGAAGUUCGUCUACAAGGGUCCCUUGAAUGGAACCAUCCAUGUAGUUGCUGGAGGUGGAGGUGCCAGCCUUGCUGAUUUUACCACCAUCCAGACCAAAUGGAGCAUUUACAAAGACUAUGACUUUGGGUUUGUGAAACUCACUGCAUUCGACCAUUCGACAUUGCUGUUUGAGUAUAAGAAGAGUAGCAAUGGAAAGGUUUAUGACUCCUUCACGAUCUCACGUGAUUAUCGAGAUAUUUUAGCCUGCACUAUAGACAACUGUCCGAGGACAACAUUGGCUUCUUGAUGUGGCUGUCAUUAGAUUCUUGUUGACCAAUGCCAUUAGGGCUAAGGUACUUAUAUUUAUAUUUCACCUAAUUAUUUUGAUUUUAGUGGUUUUAGAGUCAUUGAAAUUACAAACAAUAAUUAAAAAUAAUGUCGGAUCAUGUGGUGAUAACAACAUUACUUGUGUUGAUAAAUAGCUAGCAAUUAAUGUAUGUUGGACUUCAAUAAAUAAAAUGGGUUUGGUGAAA